AAUGAUUGUUUUGAGUUUCUUAGCCAUUCCAUCCAUGAGAAAGAAUAUUGUUAGCGAACUAGUAAAUACUAACGGUAUAGUGAUAAUAUUAAUGAUUCAUUGUUGGUCUGAAAAAUUGGAUGUGCUUCUCCAGUCUCCACUAAUGAAAAGUUACUGAACAUGAACAGGUUCCAUGUCGAACAGCUAUGAAGGGUAGUUUCCCACUUAACGGCACCUAUUUUCAGGUUAACGAGGUUUUUGCUGACCACAAAUCUAGCCAUGAUCCCAUACAUGUCGUAAGGGAGCAAUUAUGGAACUUGGAAAGACGAAUGGUAUACUUUGGGACUUCAGUGCCUUCCAUAUUCAAAGGUCUAACAACUGAAGAAGUACAACAGUGCUUCUGGAGAGGAUUUGUCUGCGUGCGAGGAUUUGACAUGGAGACUAGGGCGCCAAGGCCUCUGUGCCCCCAUUUGCACCUUGCAGCAAGCAAAUUGCCCAGAUCACGCAAGUCAGUAGCAACUGAACAAAACACGGAUUCAGCAAGGGCAUCGGUUUCAUAA